UUCAUUCAUUCCUAUAAAGUAUCAAAUCAUUUUAGACUUUUAUGAAAUUUUAUAUUUAGAUCCAUUUAUUUGAAACUUUUUAACCAAAGGUUGAUUCCAAGUUAUAAUUUUAGAUUUUUAAAUGCAUAUUCUACACAUUUAUUAAAGGCAUAACUUAAUUUGCCAAGUUUAACAAUUGGUGCUAUAAAGAUAUGUAUCUUGAAACAAUUUUGGAAUUGCAAUAUUUUUUAUUAUUACCAAUACAUGGAAUUGAUUGUGAUGCAUAUACUCAUACCUUUCAGAUCAGACAUGAAUGAAUAUGAACACACGCUUAUUGGAGAUAUAGUUCAAGCUGUUUCCAAUAAGAUGAAGCGAACUCCUUUACAUGUUGUUGAUUACCCUGUUGGACUCAAGUCUCGAGUAAGUAACGUGAACUCACUUCUGAAUGAGGCUUGUAAUGAUGAAGUUUGCAUGAUUGGGAUUCAUGGAACAGGAGGAAUUGGUAAAUCAACACUUGCUCGAGCAGUUUAUAAUUUUAUUGCUGAUCAAUUUGAGUGUUUGUGUUUCCUGCACAAUGUGAGAGAAAAUUCAGCGAAACAUGGUUUGGAACAUCUCCAAGAGCAACUCCUUUACAAAACAAUCAGAUUGAAAGUGAAGAUAGGAGGUGUCAAUGAAGGAAUUGGAAUCAUUAAAGAACGGCUACGUCGAAAGAAGGUCUUAUUGAUUCUCGAUGACGUUGAUGAGUUGAAGCAGCUAAAAUUUUUGGCCGGAGGAUUUGAUUGGUUUGGUCGUAACAGCAGAGUCAUCAUUACCACUCGAGACAAAAGUUUGUUAACAUGUCAUGGGAUUGAAAGAAUAUAUGAAGUAGAAGGCUUAAAUCGUGGUGAAUCUCUUGAACUGUUUAAGCAGGUGGCUUUUAAAACUAAGAAAGUUGAUUCAAUUAAUGAUGAUAUUGUCAACCGUGCAAUUAGUUAUGCUUCUGGCCUUCCAUUAGCUAUAAAUGUCAUAGGUUCCAAUUUGGUAGGAACGCCUAUAGCAGAAUGGGAAUCUACAUUAGAUAAAUACAAAAGGAUUCCUCUUGAUGAUAUCCAAAAUAUACUAAAAGUUAGCUUUGAUGGUUUGGAUGAAGAACAGAAAAAUCUCUUUCUAGAUAUUGCAUGUUUCUUUAAAGGGUUUCAUUUGGGACAAAUUCGUGCUAAUUACGAUCAUUGCAUGAAACAUGAUGUUGGAGUGUUGGUUGAUAAAUCUCUCAUAAAGAUUCAUCAAUUUGGUGAUGUGAUAUUACAUCUACUAUCUACUAUAUAA